UGGAGAAGUGGAGCUGGGGCACUUGGUUCACCUCCUGUGCUGACCCAGCUGCCGCUCAGCAACAGCGGAUCGAGGAUGACUCCCUGCAGCAAUGGAGACUUUUGGAGAUGUUUGUAAAGCACUCGACACUGCCACAGGAGGAGAGGUGGCCAUAAAGAAAAUAAAUCUUCAAGAACUGAUCAGAAGGGAAGUAACCUUUAAGGAACUCAUGGUCAUGAAAAUUAAUAAGCACCUAAACAUUGUGAAUUAUUUAAAGAGCUACCUUCUGGGUGAUGAACUCUGGCUGGUUAUGGAGUACAUGGAUGGAGGUGCCCUGAGCGAUGUCAUCAAUGAGACUCACAUGUCUGAAAGAGAGAUUGCAGCCGUCAGUCGGGAGUGCCUGCGAGGACUGGAUUUUCUUCACUCAAACCACAUGAUCCACCGAGGUCUGAAGAGCUGCAACAUCCUUCUCGGAACCAACGGCUCUGUCAAACUGGGUCAGUGUAUUCUUGGUCAGGUGCAGCAUUCCAGGGAUGUGGGUGUGAGGCUGCUUGGAGUGACUGCCAGCUCCCCAGAAAUGGUGCUGGUGACAGUGCAGGGACAUCCGCUGUGAGCUGGUGACAUGGUUGCAAUGUGCACAGAGGUAU